UACACCUUACACCAUAAGCAAGAACACAGUGACUUCAGUAAUUUUCCUUUCUAUUUUCUUUUUUUUUUAGAUUUUUAAAAAUUAAAUCAAAAUCAACGAUGUACAAGGUAGCAAAAGCAUCACAAUACCUUGUGAUAACCGGAAUCGGAAUCAAAGACAUAAAGCUCGCAAAGAAAGCAUGGAUUCUACCCGGUCAAUCCUACUCCGUCUUCGACCUCUCACCUGUAAAUUACACCUUUGAAGUUCAAGCAAUGAGCGCAGAGAAACUUCCUUUUGUUCUCCCCGCUGUCUUCACUAUCGGUCCUCGUGUGGAUGAUAAGGAAAGCCUUCUCAAAUACGCCAAACUUAUUUCACCGCACGAUAAACUCUCCAAUCAUGUUAAGGAACUCGUUCAAGGAAUCAUCGAAGGCGAGACACGUGUCCUCGCUGCAUCAAUGACCAUGGAAGAGGUUUUCAGAGGAACAAAAGAGUUUAAACAAGAAGUAUUUGGAAAAGUUCAACUCGAACUAAACCAAUUCGGUUUAUUGAUUUACAAUGCUAAUGUUAAACAGUUAGUUGAUGUGCCAGGUCAUGAGUAUUUCUCAUAUUUGGGUCAAAAGACACAAAUGGAAGCAGCGAAUCAAGCAAGGGUUGAUGUAUCAGAAGCUAAGAUGAAAGGUGAGAUUGGUUCGAAAUUGAGGGAAGGACAAACACUACAAAAUGCAGCAAAAAUUGAUGCAGAGACAAAGAUUAUUGCGAUGCAGAGGGCUGGAGAGGGCGACAAGGAGGGAAUUAAAGUGAGGACUGAAGUGAAGGUUUUUGAGAAUCAGAGAGAAGCUGAAGUGGCUGAGGCUAAUUCUGAAUUGGCUAAGAAGAAAGCGGCUUGGACUAAGGCGGCUCAAGUGGCCGAAGUUGAGGCUGCCAAAGCCGUCGCUCUAAGGGAUGCUGAGUUACAAGGUGAAGUUGAGAGGAUGAAUGCUUUGACUACAACUGAGAAGCUUAAAGCUGAGUUCCUUAGCAAAGCUAGUGUUCAAUAUGAAACCAAGGUACAAGAAGCAAACUGGGAGCUGUACAAGAAACAAAAGGAGGCAGAAGCAAUUCUGUAUGAGAAGAAGGCAGAGGCAGAAGCACAGAAAGCAUUAGCAGACGCAACAUUUUAUGCUCGCACGCAAGCAGCUGAAGCAGAGCUAUAUGCAAAGAAAAAGGAGGCAGAGGGAAUUGUGACACUUGGGAAUGCUCAAGGGGUGUAUCUAAGUGCACUUCUCAAUGCACUUGGAAACAACUACACUGCUGUAAGGGAUUUCUUGAUGAUAAAUGGUGGCAUGUUUCAAGAGAUCGCUAAGAUUAAUGCUGAGGCAGUACGCGGACUUGAGCCUAAGAUUAGUAUUUGGACUAAUGGUGGUGAUAAUAGUGGGGGUGAAGGUGCGAUGAAAGAAGUUGCUGGUGUCUACAAGAUGUUGCCACCUUUGUUUAAGACUGUUCAUGAGCAAACGGGAAUGUUACCACCUGCUUGGAUGGGAGUCUUGCCUGACAAAAACUUGAAUUAGGAUGAUGCAACUAUUAUGUUUAUAGAUUAAUUGUGGAAUUUUAUUUGGCGGAUAUAUGUGUGUGAUUCACUAGUCUUUCAGAUUUUCAGGUUAAAAGUCUUGUAUUAUAUGCUUGGUAUUUUAUGGUUUAAUUUACACUUUUACAUGCUUGGUAUUUUAUGAAUGGAAUUUUUUGAAACUAAAA